CACCACUGACGGGUAGUCGGGCACCCCGAGCAGACAGACAGACGGAGGCCGUGGGGCUGACCAUCGCGUGCCCACAGGCCGAGGAUGCAGCGCUGGAAGGCGGCAGCCUUGGCCUCGGUGCUCUGCAGCUCGGUGCUCUCCAUCUGGAUGUGUCGGGACGGCCUGCUCCUCAGCCACCGCCUGGGACCCGCACUGACGCCACUACGCCGGCCACCUCGCACGGUGGACGCCCGGAUCGCCCGCCUGGCCCAGUAUCGUGCGCUGCUGCAGGGCGCCCCGGACGCGGUGGAGCUGCGCCAGCUGACGCCCUGGGCCGGCAGGUCCCCGCGUCCGCACCGUCGGGCGGGGGCCCGGCGGAGGCGCGCGCGCGCGCGAUCGGGGGCGCGGCCGUGCGGGCUGCGCGAGCUCGAAGUGCGCGUGAGCGAGCUGGGCUUGGGCUACGCGUCGGACGAGACGGUGCUGUUCCGCUACUGCGCAGGCGCCUGCGAGGCGGCCGCGCGCGUGUACGACCUGGGGCUGCGGCGGCUCCGCCAGCGGAGGCGCGUCCGGCGGGAGCGGGUGCGCGCGCAGCCCUGCUGCCGCCCGACGGCCUACGAGGACGAGGUGUCCUUCCUGGACGCGCACAGCCGCUACCACACGGUCCACGAGCUGUCGGCGCGCGAGUGUGCCUGCGUCUGA